AUGGAGAAGAAAGGUGGUUCUUUGGAGGUGGCGCGCAUGGGAAAAGGCGAGGAGAGGAGGGAUGGGUACGAGGAUGCAAAGCGGAGGAGAGGUGGGGAGAGCAGGGAGGAGGUGGAGGGGAGGUUGAGGGAGUGUUUGAGGGAGAGGCGGCUGUGGCAUCUGCUGGAGGACCGCAGCCCACUGCUGGCAUCGCUCAAGGCGCAUGUGAAACACCUCUGGAAGAUGGGGCUACACGCAGUGCAGCCGUUGCAGGACGUGCUGUUGGUGCAUGAGCCCACGCUGGAGGACCUGCAGGGGGAGAAGAAGGGCGCGCUGCAGCUGUUCGCGCUGCUGCUGGGCGCGCCCGAGGUCACGUCCCUGCGGAAAGACGAGCUCGCCGAGGUCAUUGUGCGCGCCGACGCAUGGGAGCGAGUGAGAGGCGAGGGGAGGGGGGGCAUGAGGGGGGACUCAGAUUCACGGGGGAGAGUGCGAGAAGAGAUUUCCACCAGAGGGGGGAGUAUCAUACCUGGGCUGCUGCUGCGGCCGCAGCAGGGGGGGCUGUCAGGUGUGGGCGACACUGGCAAGAUAGGAGACGAGCAGAUUGCACGGUCGAACCAGCCCACACAGUUAAACGGCCCUCCUUCAGUAUCCGCUCCCUCCCCAACCCCUCCAGGAGGGCAGCUGGGGACAGGUCCUGCUCCUUCCCCACCCCCCGCAAGCUCGAGAGAAGGGCAGUUGGGGGGGGUGCUGCUGCCACAGGAGGUGGGGCUGUCAGACAUAGGCGACGAGCGCAUUGCACGGCUCAACAGGCCAGCGGAUGUGCUGCUCACGGAGUUCCUGGAAAGGAGGAUGCGGUGGGAGCACACGGAGGAGCGGGAGCUGCUGGCUGCAAAGCUGGAGGCGUACAUUCGCUCGCUCAUCCGCACCAACCCUAAUGCCCUCACGGUGAGGGCUUGCUGGACGGACAGCAUGGGUGGAGCGUGGGUGCACGCGCAGGGGAAGCAUGGGCGCAGGGGAAGCAUAGGGGCAGAGGAGGACGUGCAGCAGGAGAAGCGGGACGUGGUGAGGGUGGUGGCGCUGCUGCUGGGGUGCUCUGUGCCCGCUAAAGCCAAGAAGCUUCAGCUGGUGAAGGCCAUCAGUGCCUGUGCUCUGUGGCAGGCGCAUAGGCGCAGAGAGAAGGGACGAGGGGCAGGGGAGAAAGGGGGAGGAGGGGUGAUGAUGCGAGGCAGGAGACAGGAGGGGCGAGAGGAGGAGCGAGAGAAGUGGAGAGAACGGGGGAGAGAGAAAGGGAGACAGCACGGAAGGAUGCAGGUGAAGUGGACAAGGCAGCAAGACGUGGUGAAGCAGGGAUGGGAGUUGAGGGAGGGGAGGUAG